ACCCGUCGGGGCUGCCCGUCCCCGCCCAGGCGGCCCAAAGGCGAAGCCGACGGCCGGCCCCAGCAGUCGCCGUCACGAUGGAGAAGAACCCGUACACCAUGGCCAAGCUGGGCCUGGACUCCAAGGACAACCUGAAACCCAAGCGCGACUGUGGCUUCUACGCCAAGUACAUCUUCCUCUUCCUCUCGCUCAUCCAGUUCCUCAUCAUCUUGGGACUGGUGCUCUUCAUGGUCUACGGGAACCCCCAGGAGAGCACCAAGAGGCGCAUCGAGGCGCUGGAGGACAACGUGGCGCAGUGCCAGAGGAAAGAGGACGACCUCAAGAACGGGGUCGCCGCGCUGAAGCGCCAGGUCAACGCCAGCCAGGUCGAGAUCCGCAGGGCCCAAAAGGAGGCGACCUGGAUUAAUAACACCUUGAGGUCCUGCAAUGCUGAAAAGGCGAAGUUGAUCGAACUACGGAAAAAAGACCUCGAAUCCCUGAAAAUGGUCUAUGAGUGCACCUACAAUUUGCAACUUUUGAAUUUGACUUGUCCGGCCAACUUGGAAAUCCUCCAGGAGAAGCUGAAGACGCAGGAGGCAAGAGCCCGGGUGAACGAAGACAGGCUCUCCCGGGAGAUCCAGGACUUGCAAGGGAGCGUCAAAGCAGCCGAGAAGGAGAAGAAGGACUGCCAUUUGGAGAAGCUCCAGCUGCAAGCCCAUUCACAGACGUACCGCCAGCUGAAGUCCCAGAUUCUAGCCUCCGUGGAGCCGGCCCAGCAGAAACUGAGGAGCACGAUGGACCAGGCCGCCUCCCAGCUGCCGUACCUCUCCUGCCACGACGCCAGCACCACGUGCCGCGGCAUCUCCAGCGACCUCCAGAGCCACUUCGAGCUGCUGUCCCGCCAGGUGGACCAUAAAGUCAACGACGCGGCCCAGAAGAAUGCCGAGCUGGUGCUGGAAAAGGCCACCUGUGGCCACAGCCUGCAGGAAUCCGAGCGCCAGCUGGCGUUCCAACAGCAGCAGUGGGAACGGGAGAAGCGAGUCCUCCAAGAGGCACAAGACGCCGAGAUCAAGAAGAUGUACGCCGAGCGGCAGCAACUGCUCGGGCAGAAGGAGGCCCUGCAGACGUCGCUGGAGCAGAGCAAACAGCUCUGCAUCCGGACGAAGAUAAACACUGCGCCUCCCAGCAACCCCGGAUUCCGGAGCCCUCUGUUCCCGCCUGCCAACUUUCCAGGGCCUUUCAUGAACACGGGAAGUUUGGGGAAUCCCUUAGGUGCUGCGGCAAUCCCAAACACCAACGCCAACCACGGAAGGUCCGGACCCCUCGCCCAACCGAGUUCAAACUCCCAGGGUUCUCUAAGCAGUGCGGAGCAAUCCAAAGCCCUGAAAGCUGCCAUGGAUAGAGCGAAGCAAGUGAACCCACCUUCAGUGCCGAAACCGGAGGUGCAAGCCAGCGGUUAGAAGCGACAGAGACAAAAACGCCAGCCGCCGGGAACAGAACCUGCGAAUGGGAUUGGACUGUUGACUUCGGACAACCCCGGAGGGGGUCCAGAACUGGAAAAUGCCCACAUCUGGCGCUGUGGACCAGAGGAAGGAGGAGGCCGUUGAAUGAUGGCCUUGAAUGUGGACGACAAGCUACCCUCGGCUUCUUUUUCUAACACCGCUCUGUGUACAGACAUCUUUCCCUGAACUGUCACUUCUUUCUAUUGAUAUUCCUCUGCCCCCAUGUAAGGGGGAGGGAGCAGUGUGUGCCCAUGGACCUCUCUUUUGGGGUUCACCAGGCUCCCUGGUUCCCUUGAGUUUUAAUGGGUGGGUGCAGAGUAAAUGGUGGUGUGUGGUUUUUUGCUGGGGUGUGUGUGUGUUACUGGCGUGGGUGCCUUCGUUAGCUAAUCUGCCUGCUUCUUUAUUUGUUUCGGCGUAAGGUGUGUGUCUUGCCUAGGCGAACGAGCAACAUUUGACAUAAUUCAGAUUCUCCGAACAGCGCUUCGUGUUUGUGAUCGAUGUUCGCGCUGCACGAAUGGAGAAGUUGCACGAACCGAAUGUGCCACUUGCACGAAUUUCCAAAUUUCCCGGACUCCCCCUCAAAGGCAAAAGCGGGGCUUUCAAUCAGCAGGGGGGCAGGGGCGCGAAUUAGAAAAUUGGCGUGGACCCGAGGCGGGGAAGUUGCCCGAAUCUAAUGGCAGCACGCAUUCGGCAAUUUGCGACCAUUUCCAGGGGACGCGGGCUGGCGAUCAUCACGUCUGGGGCUUCGAACAGGGCGCGCUCACAUGUUUUGCAAGCAAAUUCAAAAUUCGCAUCCAUCCCUGGCCUUGUCUGGUUGGCGUGGGGGUGUAGGGGUGAUUUCUCUGAGCAUUGCCAGUUUGCCUUCUCUGCGAAAUGAGUCACCGAAUCAUAGAAUAGUAGACUUGGAAGGGGCCUGUAAGGCCAUCCAGUCCAACCCCCCGCUCGAUGCAGGGAUCCAUCCUAAAGCAUACGUGACAGGUGGUUGUCCAGCUGCCUCUUGAAUGCAAAGUCUUCUGUUGGCUUGCAUUAUGCGAGCCCACAGAAUCCAUUCAACUCGGAAAAUCCCAGUCUGCUGCAAAAUCCAUACCUUGGAUUCAUAGAAACUCAAAUUCAUUUGAAUCCAUUGCAGAUUUUUCCUGCUAUUCCUAUUCCCCAACGAAAUCCUUCUACUUUCAACAGUUUGCCAUCUUAGAAACGAGUGUUUUGUGACUGGCCAAAGUGCCAUUUCAUGGAUGGCUAACCCCCCCACAUGACAGCCAUUUUGUGAGAGCGCCCACAACACCCUCUCGAAAUUCCAAAUGUGCCCCCCUUUCAAAUUGUGGAUCAAACCCGCAGGCCCAAAGCUGCACCAUCUUUUCGGCUUCCCUACCUUGCAGGGUUGUUGUGAAGACAGCAUGGAAUAUAUAAACCCCAGUUCACUUUGCCCAGAAUCCUCGAUGAGGUAUGAAUGAGAUCCGUGAAUAUCAUUCCUCGUGGCUUCGACACACCCUUCAAAAAGUAAAGAAAUGAAAUGGCAGCGAAAAUGGCAAACUGAUAACUGGGGCGGGGGGGGGCGGGGAAGGAAGACAGAGUUAAGGAAAGAGAAAAUUGUUUUGCAAGAGACAACUACGUCAUAGUUAUGUAUAUUUUAUAUGUUAUGUACACAUUUUAUAUAUAUUAAUAAUGACACACGCACACACAUAUUAAGCAGGGAAGCAAGAGAUUUUGGUUUAUCUUGAUAGAUCUGUGACUAAGAGAGCCCCAGUAUUCAGAGGCAGUCUAUCCCUGAUCGCUUGGCAUUGAGGGAAAAGAGCGCUCUUCUCCACUGUUCAGUGGGAGAGCACAUGCUUACACGUGAUCCCGGGUGAGUUAAAACAAUCUCAGGUAGAUACCACUGGGUCGCCCGGCUCCAUCUUAGCAGACAGGAGGUUCCUGCAUCCGUGUCGCCCGGUGAGUGGAUUUCCUGGCUGUCCACUGCCGGAAACAGAAUACUGGGGUGAGUGGCCUUUUGGUCGGAUCACGCAAGCCCAAACGUUACAUCCUCUCCAUCAUAAUGACGUCUCCAUCUGCGGACAACGGCUUUGCCUGCAGAUACAAUCCGUCAAAAUUAUGCCAAGCAAAGAAAAGUGUGUGUUGUGGAAGGCACGGGGCUAAUAAAUGUUGUA